AUGCCCAACAAUGUAAAGAAUGAAGACAAUGGGCAGGCCUCCGAGUGUGUUAACGACAGUCCGCCAUUUUUUCAACACAUUCGCUGGCGCCCAGAUGAACAAGUUGAUUCAGAUUCUGGGCAUUAUAAUCAACAGCAGCAGCAAUCAAAGCAUCCGACUUCGCUGCAGAUUUUCCGGUUGUGGCAGGUGUUUCUAAACAAUGUCCACCCUCUGGUCAUGCUUUUCCAUGCGCCGUCGGUGCAGCAGGUCAUUUUGGACAUCGCCACAGACGCGACUAGUGUCAGCAAAGCGACUGGAGCCCUUGGCUUUGCUAUAUACCUGUGUGCCAUAGCAUCCAUGACGGACAGCGAGUGUCUGGAACUGACUGGCGAGUCCAAAGCUGACUCCCUCGAGCACUUCUCGCGGCUAUCACAUGAGGCGCUGUUUAACUCAGACUGCCUGCACUCGAACAACAUGGUCGUCCUACAGGCGUUGACUUUGUACACUCUAGCCACUUUCUACAUGCGAGGUUCGCCAUCACACUCUGAAAAACUGGCCGCACUGGCCGGCCGUGCCGCCCAACUUGCGCAGGCCCUAGGAUUACACCAAGAAGACCGGCAGAAGGACCUCCCUCCAUUUUCCAAGGAGAUGCGCCGCCGGCUGUUCUGGCAGGUAUUGAUCCUGGAUGGACGCGCCGCAGCAGCGCAGCGUCUUGGGGCCGGUGCCACGGCAGCAGGCCCUCAUUUCCACGAUGGCUCGUGGAAUGUCCAGCGUCCAUUAAACGUAAGCGACAGCCAAUUGGUGCCGUCGAUGAGCAAGCCACCGCCUGAACAACUGGACGGUCCAACUGACAUGCUGCUGUGUUCAAUCCGGAUCGAAAUCGAGCAGUCUAUGCGGCGGCUCGAGCAGCAUCAGCAACACCCUUCUCUCAGAUCACCGCCGGCCUUCGGCGCUUGGAUAGAACAGCAACAACAGCUACAACAGGUCGCGGUAGUUGAGCAGACCGAACAGAGGAUCGAACAGCACCUGCUACGCAGUUGUGAUGCUUGUAUUCCCUUCCACCUUCUGACCGCGUACCAGGCACGGUCGUGGCUGCGCCAGCUGCGUCUAUCCGUCUACCACCCACGCCAGCGCGGCCAGAGCAGUCUGGGUCACCAGCCUGACGAGCAUGAGCGUGAGCGCCUGUUCAGCCUCGCUCAGCAGGUUCUGUCGUAUGACAACCUGGUCCAUUCGAACCCGCGCUUCCGCCGCUAUCUGUGGCUCAUUGGCCGCGAUCUGCCCGUGGAUGCCGUUAUCGUCGUACUCCUCGAGCUACUCUCAAAAGGCGAUGAUGGUGGUGACGACGCCGAUGUUGAUGAGGGCAAACAAAAUGUGGUCAAUCGUGCCUGGAGAUAUAUUAUCCAGGUAUACGAAGAUCACCCAGUGCUGAUCAACGCAGCCCGCGAGAAUCCACUCUUUCUAGCCAUUGGUCUGCUCACCCUCAAGGCUUGGGAUAGUCGCACGACAUCCAAGAGCGAGCAAAUGCCCUCCCCUUCUACUGACUAUGACCGAGAUGAGCCCUUGUGUAUUUCUCGUCUACGCGCUCAGAGAGUAAGCGCAAGUCCUGCUUCAUCGUGA